AUGUCGCCCGCAGACAGCGAGUCCGCCUACUUCAACAACUACCCUCCACCAAAAGCUCUUCCCAAACAUGAAUCGCUGGCCAGAUCGUUCAUAGAAUACCAUGUCGAAUCCAACCGGCGCGUGGUGCUCGUUACCUCCGGAGGAACAACAGUCCCUCUCGAGAAUCAGACCGUCCGCUUCAUCGACAACUUCUCCGCAGGAACCCGAGGUGCGACGUCCGCGGAGUACUUCUUGCAGCAGGGGUAUGCAGUAAUCUUCCUACACCGACAGUUUAGUCUGCUGCCCUACUCCCGGCAUUACAGCCACUCGACCAAUUGCUUCCUUGACUUCAUGGACGAAGCCUCCCCGAGCGAUGUCAGCAAUUCAGACCACGGCCAUAUCGUGGUGCGCAAUGAGUACCAGGACGAAAUGCGCGAUGUCCUACGGAAGUACAGAUACGCCAAGCAAAAUAACCUCCUUCUUUUGCUUCCAUUUACCACGGUCUCAGAGUACCUUUUCGAACUGCGCAUGCUUGCGAAAUGCAUGAACCCCCUCGGUCCAAAUGCGCUAUUCUACCUAGCCGCGGCGGUUAGUGACUUCUUCAUCCCGCGCGACCGCAUGGCAGAGCAUAAGAUCCAGUCGUCCGAGAUUCCGAAGGAAUUCCGAAGCCCCGAGGAAGCUGUUGGCGCCGACGACAUUUACACGGGCGGGUUCGAGCAGAAGCAGGAGUCCAGCAAGAAGCUCGUCGUCAACCUGGACCCAGUCCCCAAAUUCCUCCACCAGCUCGUCAACGGCUGGUCACCAGAGGGAAGCAUGAUUGUUUCCUUCAAGCUCGAGACAGAUCCCAACCUUCUCGUCUAUAAGGCGCAGACGGCGCUCGAGCGAUACGCCCACCACCUGGUCAUUGGAAACUUACUGUCGACCAGGAAAUGGGAGGUCGUCUUUGUCACACCGAACCCGCCGCAUGAGCGAUGGAUUCGAGUCCCCAAGUCGCGCCGGAGUAAGAGCAUUUCUGGUGUUGAAGACCAGGUUGGAAAGGCUGAGGCAGCGAAGCGGUCAUUGGGGGAGCAGACCUCCGCGGCUCCUGCCGAAGAGCCGACUAAGGAGGAAGAUACUGGAUACAUCGCGACCCGCGAGGGCACGGAGAUCGAAAGCUUGAUUAUUCCAGAGCUGGUCAAGCUGCAUACGGGCAUGAUUGAGAAGUUCAAGCGAUAG